AUGAGAACUGACCGAGCUUCUGAAAUAAUAAGGCUUGUGGGGCACAAGACCACUCAUCCUUCUGAAAACAGCAGUGAGUUCCCAGUAAACAUCACUGACUGUGCACAGAUUAUCAUGCCAGAAGAAGUCUUCUUCACCAUUGCCUUUCUUGGAAUAGUAGAAAACCUGCUUGUACUCAUAGCAGUGUGGAAGAACAAGAAUCUCCAUUCACCCAUGUAUGUUUUCAUUUGCAGCUUAGCUGUUUCAGACAUGCUAGGAAGCUUGCACAAGACUCUGGAGAACAUCAUUAUCAUCCUCUGCAAAAAGAGAUACCUAACAUGUCAAGAGGACUUUGAGAAGACGAUAGAUGAUAUAAUCGAUUUCAUGUUUAUUCUGUCAUUACUAGGAUCUAUUUUCAGCCUGUCAGCCAUUGCAGCUGAUCGAUAUAUAACCAUCUUUCAUGCACUGCGGUACCAUAAUAUCAUGACAUUGCAGCGGGCUUUAAUUAUCCUGAUGGUAAUUUGGGCAUUCUGUGCUGGGAGUGGCAUAGCCAUGGUCAUUUUCUCCCAUGAAACAGCCACAAUUGUUUCUUUCAGCAUCCUGUUUUGCUUUAUGCUUGUGUUUAUCCUCUCUCUUUACAUCCAUAUGUUCCUGCUGGCACACUCUCAUGCCAGAAAGAUUGCUUUGCUUCCAAGUACCAUUCACCAGAAAGCUAACAUGAAAGGAGCUAUCACCUUAACCAUAUUACUUGGAGUUUUCCUCUGCUGCUGGGCUCCCUUUGUCCUUCACAUGCUCCUCAUGACAUUUUGCACACUCAACCCUUAUUGUGUUUGCUACCAGUCCAUUUUCCAUGUGAAUGGCUUACUGAUCAUGUGUAAUGCUGUUAUUGACCCAAUGAUUUAUGCAUUUCGAAGUCCAGAACUACGGAGCACAUUUAAGCGACUGUUCUGCUGCAGAAAGCCAAGAUGGACAUAG